AUGGAGAAAUCAAACGCGGACCCUGUCGAGGGCCACGUCGAAGGCAUUGAGCCUGAGUUCUGUCAGCCCGAAGCAUCAUGGUCCAAGUACAUCCCGGGCGGCUACUCGCCCUCCCGGUGCAUGACCUUCCGCGGCCGCACCAUGAUCAAUCUCAUUCUGUUGCUAGCCGGUAUAUCAAUUAUGUUUUUUGGUUACGAUUCAUCUUGCAUGAGUCAAGUUAAUACGAACCCGGAUUACCUAAAGUUGAUGGGCACGGAUAACGGAUCGGCGAGAGACUCAGCGGCUGUUGGAGGCUUGGUGACCUUGUGGUUUGGGGGGUUCGGUAUUGGAGCGUUGAUAGUAGGCUACUUGGCAGACCGUAUCGGCCGUCUCAAAUCCCUACAGCUAGGAGCCAUAUGGGCCAUUCUGGGCUGUGUAUUGAUGGCCUCAGCCCAAAAUUUUACCUGGAUGGCUUUUGCGCGUAUCAUUUCUGGCAUUGGAUGUGGCCAUUUAAACACUAUCGUCCCUAUUUGGACGUCGGAAUUGGCAGAUCAUAGUGCUCGAGGUGCCUUUGUGGCUGUCGAGUUUACGUUGGCGCUUACCGGUGGGACGAUCGUCUACUGGAUCGAAUACGCCAGCCUCAAAACACAAUCUCUCUCCUUCGCCUGGCGCUUCCCUCUUGGCUUCCAAGUCAUCUUCCUCCUCUUCAUUCUGGUUGCAGCCUCCUUUUACCCUGAAUCACCCCGGCACCUGAUCCGCAUCGGCCGCUUCACCGAAGGCCGCGAAAUACUGUACCGCGCACGCUUAAAUCCCAUCGAAACCGAAAUCGAGCGGGAACUGGCCGAAAUUGUAGCUGCAAUCCGCCUCGAAGCACGCAAACCUGCGCCCUCGUUCUGGAAAAUCAUGGCUUCUUCAGACGAAUUGCACACCCGUCGCCGUAUCCUUUUGGGUGCUGGAGUUCAAAUAAUGCAGAAAUUCACUGGUAUCGAUUUCAUAUCUACUUACGCGCCUGAGAUGUUCUCCCUGGCCGGGUAUACGGGCAACAAACCUGCUAUUUUGGCUGGAUGCAACUUCUUCGGGUACACAGCCAGUCUUGCCACGGCGAUAUACCUUGCGGAUCGCAUAGGGCGUCGCAAGUUGAUGCUCAUCGGCUCUUCGACGAUGUUUGUUGUCUUGAUUGUAGGUGGCGUAUUGGCACACGAAGUCAUUUCGUUGGCCGGUUCGAAUCCGAGUGUUGCGUCGGGGUGUGGUGCGGGUGUGACGGCUGUGUUGUAUGUUUACACGUUUAUUUAUGGGAGUACGUGGUUGACUACUUGUUGGGUGUACCCAACCGAAAUCUUCCCUCUUGCUACCCGCGCAAAAGGAACGGCGGCAGCGACAGUCGCAUUCUCCGUGGCUGGUGGUAUCAUCAAUGAAAUCGUACCAUAUCUUAUUGAUGCCGUGUCAUUUUGGGUAUUUAUACUUUUCGCCUUGCUCAAUCUGGUGAUGCUGGUUCCGAUUUAUCUCUUCUAUAUCGAAACGGCUGGUCGACAUCUUGAAGACUUGGAUUAUCUGUUUGCCAAUGAUAGCCCAUUUGUAUGGAAUGCAGAACGCGAUUUUGCGGCUAUCAAGAGUGCGGAAGCUGCGGCUGAUAGUAAGGUUGUUAUUGAGGUUGAGGGAGAGAAGUCUAGUUGA